CGCCGAGAAAAAUAUUUUAUUUAUUAAAACGAAAUUUAAAAAGUAAUUAAAUUUAUUUACCUUGCUCUAGCUGCUUUUGUCUUUGACAAUCUUAUUCCACUGGUCUUGUAUUUGCCACUCUUCCUUUUGUAUGAUGCAUUCAACACUUCACUUUUUUUCUCCAGUUCUUUGAUUUUUUCCGCCACUCCUUCAUUUGAUUUCUCCAUUGUCAUUCGAAGAUUUUCACCUUAUUAAAAACACUAAACUACUGAUUGUAUCUCCUGUCCUGUCGUUACUAUAAAAAUUUUACUAUUUACGAAAAUAGUAAAAUAAAAACUGUUUAAAAUAAAUCAAACACAAGCCGACUUUAUAUCGCUGAAUAUAAAACGGUAACACUUCCAAAAAUAUUAGAUGCACGACCGUAAGAUAAAUACGUAUACUAUUUUUGCUGUCUGAAUUCGUUUCAACGCAUGAACAAUCAAAACAAAUCCGAGCCGUCUUUCUGUGUUUACACUUCGUGUAUUGUUUCUUUUCUUUCCUGUCUCACUCUCCCUCUCUCUCUCUCUCUCUCUCUCUCUCUCUCUCUCUCUCUCUCUUUCUUUCUUUUAACUCGUUCUAACGCGACAAGCGGCACGCGCCGCCACUAAUUCUAAUACACCUGUGUCACCUGUGUCUAUGUGAUACUUUUCGGUUAAAAACUAUAUUAUUCAAAUUUCGCACGGCGGCGCUACUGUGAAAUCUACUGCCUCUAGAUAGGUAAGAGAUUACCAUCUCUCUUGCAUUGCGUGUUCUUUUGUGAAUAGGAAGCGUGCCUCUUCUCAUUGUCAGGGAAUUCGAUUCACAUUCUUCAAUAAACUAGAAUUAAUUAUGGGAAGAACUUCAACUGGAAGGAAUUCGUUGUCCAAAGGAGCUACAAGUGGAGGGGAUCAGCAACGACAGCAGUUACCACCGCAACAGCAGAUGCAGCAACAACAGCAGUUGCCACCACAACAGCAUGUGCAGCAACAACAGCAGUUGCCACCGCAACAGCAGAUGCAGCAACAACAGCAGUUGCCACCGCAACAGCAGAUGCAGUUACAACAGCAGUUGCCACCGCAACAGCAUAUGCAGCAACAACAGCAGUUGCCACCGCAACAGCAGAUGCAGUUACAACAGCAGUUGCCACCGCAACAGCAUAUGCAGCAACAACAGCAGUUGCCACCGCAACAGCAUAUGCAGCAACAACAGCAGUUGCCACCGCAACAGCCGCAGUUGUUCUUUCAUCAAUACCAAUUCCAACAACAACAGCAACAAUUACAACUGCAGCAACAAUUGCAGCAGCAAAUUAACCUGCAAAUCGAGCAGCAGCAGUUGUUGCAGGAUAAAAUUCAGAAACAACAGCAGCAACUUCAGCAACAACAACAACUUCCCGAAACAGAGGAAAAAGUUGUUGCUCCGCUGAAGAGGCCAGCGUUGGAGUCUGCACCUGCACCAUCACCGGCAGAGAAUGAUUUCUCCAGGCAGGAGAAACCUGCCUACAAAAAGGAUAAUUCUAAUGUGUGGAAUUUAGAAAAACGAAUCAACAUCCUGGAGACCAGCAUGAGAAAAUUAAAAUUAGAUUUUCGUCAGUUAGAAAGAGACAGAGAAGAAGACAGAGAGCGAGAUAGAGCAAGGGAAAGAGCAAGAGAGCAGGAAAGAGUUGAAGAAGAAAGAGCUAGGGAAAGAGAAAGAGAAAGGGAAAAGAAAAUGAGAAAAUAUUAACUCUCUGCUGAUGCUGACGACCGCUUUCGUCAAAAAUCGUCAUUCUGGGGGCCUGGUGGGGACUAUGGGAGUUACGUUCUUUGGCGAUAGAGUGGGGAUAAGUUAGCGUCAGCAGAGGGUUAAAUCAAGCACCGAAAAUUUCCUGAAAGUUGAAAUUAACUUGACUGCAAAAAUGAGUUAUUUGUCCCAACGCUCAUGAAACUUAAAAAAAAUUCAUUUAAAAAUUUUAAACAAGUUAAUUUCAAUUUUCAGGAAAUUUCUAAUGCUGCCUUUAUAUAUUAACACAUUCUAUAAACCUGGAAAAAUUACCUUAACAUCUCAGCUUUCAAUUAAAAAAAUACAUCCUAAUGUCGCUCAUACUUUUUUUAAAACAAUUUUUUUGGAGAAAUGUAAGGUGAGCCAUUACGCCCAUUUUGUACCACAAAAUGAAAGUUUAAGAAAUAUGUAAUAUCAACUUUCAUCAUAGUUUGUUUCAAUUUCUGUUUAAAAUUACUUUUCAGUUACAAAUUCAGCGAAGAGAAUAAAUUAUUUUUUAUUUACAUAAACUAUUGUGUCAUGCUUAAUUAUAGCAAAAUUAUAAAUUAAAAUUUGUUUCUUGUUCUGUUCUCAAA